UAUUGUGUUCGACAGAAGAUUGAGUGCGUGGAGCUCUGAGAGAGAGAGAGAGGAGCGCUGCGCUUCCCUUCCGGAGCCGAGGAGAGCUGAGCUGAGCUACUGUUCCGUGUGAAAGCGGGGUUUCGGGCGGGUUAGAGAGAUGUGCGCCCGUUGUUGUUUAUCUCAGUUGGAGUGCUGCUGCGGCCCGGCCGCCUGCUCGCUGUGCUGCGCCUGGUGUCCCAAGAUCAAGCAGUCUACAGGGACGCGCUUCAUGUACGCUCUGUACUUCAUGCUGGUCACCGUCAUCUGCGUGAUCAUGAUGUCGCCCACUGUGGAGAUGCACAUGCGUAAAUUUGAUUUUAUCGUAGAGAUUUGUGAAAAGCUGAAUGCUGGAGAGCGCUGCAGCACUCUGGUCGGCUACGCUGCCGUCUACAAAGUCUGUUUUGGCAUGGCCUGCUUCUUCUUCUUCUUCUCCCUGUUCACCAUCCGAAUACGGAGCAGCACAGGGUGUCGGGCGGCCGUACACAACGGAUUCUGGUUCUUGAAGUUUUUGGCUUUGCUAGCCUGCUGUGCGGGAGGCUUCUUCAUGCCUGGUGAAGAAAAGUUUCUCGAAGUGUGGCGGUAUGUGGGAGCUGCUGGGGGCUUCCUAUUCCUCCUGAUCCAGCUCAUGCUCCUGGUUCAGUUUGCUCACAGAUGGAACCAGAAUUGGACUUCAGGCGUAGACCACAACAAGGUGUGGUAUGCAGCACUGGCACUGGCCACGUUGGUGCUUUACUCUGUGGCAGUGGGUGCUCUGGUCUUUAUGGCUUGGUAUUACACACAUCCUGAGGCCUGCUCCCUCAACAAGAUCUUCCUUGGGGUGAACGCAGGUCUAUGUGUCAUCGUCUCCCUGCUGGCCAUUUCACCCUGCAUUCAGACAUUCCAACCCACCUCAGGCCUGCUCCAGCCAGCUGUCAUCAGCGUCUAUGUCAUGUACCUCACCUUUUCAGCCCUGUCGAGCAAGCCCAUUGAAAUGUUGUCAGAUAAUGGAAAGAACAUAACUGUUUGCAGCUUUCCUUUCGUUGGAACGGACGUCGAUAGAAGAAUAACAACAGGAGUAGGAACGGCCAUUUUGUUCGGCUGCGUGCUUUAUGCAGGUUUGACCUCGACGACAAAGAGGAGCUCAGCAGCCUUACGAGUGUACAGAAACUCCAUGCAAGAAAAUGAGAGGGCACAUUGCUGCUUCUGCUGCACUGAUUAUGGAGAUGACUAUGACGAGGAAGAGAAGACCGCAGGAGGGCAGAAUGUAAUUUACGAUGAGAAAGAAGGCACCGUUUACAGCUACACCUACUUCCAUUUUGUCUUCUUCCUUGGCUCACUCUACGUCAUGAUGACGGUCACAAACUGGUUCCAUUAUGAGGAUGCUAAGAUUGAGAGAUUGUUGGACGGGAGCUGGUCGGUGUUCUGGAUCAAGAUGGCGUCUUGCUGGGUUUGUCUCUUCCUCUACAUGUGGACUCUGGUGGCCCCCAUGCUCUUCCCAAAGAGGUUUGAAGCAUAAAUGCAGUCUCCAAAUGCAUCCCAUCUAUCCUACCACUAAAGCGUCCGGUAGAUUUUAUGUUCCUGUUCCUUAAAAGUUCCAUUUAAACGUUUUACUCGGAAGGCAAAACUGCCCGACACCUUAAAGACCGAUUAAAGGAGAUGUGUUACAUGUAUGGGUUUUGUUGGUAUGUUGAUUACUUGGUAAUCAGUAGGGCAUCUUGUUUUCUUUUUUGUUUUUUAAAAGGAAAUAAAAAUCCUGAAGGUAUGAAAGCAAAGCAUUGCUCAGGAUCACUUCACUGUUACCGUCGUCUGUGUUACAUUUGUGUCUUUUGAUAGACAACGUAUUCUAUGCAAGUCAACCAAGAGCAUGUGAUUAAUUACAGUGAUUUUUUUUUUCCUUCUACACAGUACCUUGUGCUUUCAUUUUUGUCUUCAUAUGGCAUUUAAAAAAUAUAUUAAUAUAAUAUAAUAUAGAGCAUUCACACCAAAAUAAGAUAGCUAUGAAGAACAUUAUUUCCAGAGUGGAUUAGCUGAGUACAAUACAAUAAUUGCAAACAUUCCUGGAGCACUCUCCCUUUAAUUUUAGGCUUUGAGAAUUAUAGGCUUCUGAACAAUGAAGAAAAUGACAUUCAUAUUAGACUUUCUGCUGGAAUGGAAAAAAGGCCUUUACGUUUGAGGGAACCCAAAGGUUCUCGCAAGUACGGUUAGCUCAGUGGUGGUCAUGCUCAUUCUAUUGCUUUAAAGUUUGUUUGUUUGUUUGUUUGUUUGUUUAAAGUACAUCCAGAUGUGCCUUGGAUGCUCUAAAUUAUUUGACCGUAUUAGAGCCGUACUCAUGCUCAAGACUUGCAUGGAUUCAUCCCAGUGUAAAUAAGACAUUUCUCACUACAGUAGAUGUUACACUGCCGUGUAAAGUCAGUUUAUAUUCAAACGUUCCAACUUUAUAAGCUUUGUCACUUUUUUGGUCAUUUUAAUUCGUCAGAAAUUGUUUAAAUAAGAGAGUUGAAGUGUUUCUUGGUUUAAGCGUACAGCUCAGCAGCAGCCUUUAAAGGAACAGUCCACCGUAC